AUGACUACUCCUGAUGGAUCUCCUUGGGUUGCUGUUUCCAAGACCCCGACUACCAUAAACCUCCAUGCGAACACAUCGGCCCCAUCCAACACCACUAGCAGCGACCAAUCUAUUGCUACAAAUGAUCGUCAUCUCUCCGACCUCAGAUCCUGGCUCUAUGCAACCUUUUCAUGGGGCUACGAAACCCCAGCCGCUUCUUCCGCUGUUGCUGCUCCUUCUACACAAGCCACAUAUGCUGCUGCAUCUUCCGCUGCUCACUCUUCGGCUACUGGUGAAGUUCUUGCUACACCCGCCGACAACGGUGCUGAGUAUCUCUCUCCUGUCACCAUUGGUGGCCAGAAACUUGACUUGAACUUUGACACUGGCUCUUCGGACUUAUGGGUCUUCAGUACCGCCCUUACCAGCGCUCAGAUCGGAGAGCACAGCGCCUAUGAUCCUUCUAAGAGCUCGUCUUACCAACAACUUGAUGGUUCCACUUUCAGCCUCUCAUACGGUGACGGCAGCGGUGCCGCAGGUGUUGUAGGUUUCGACACUGUCGAUAUCGGUGGCGCGACCGUAACUCGUCAAGCUAUCGAACUGGCCACAUCAGUAUCGAGCGCUUUCGUUUCGGACGCAGACUCAGACGGCCUUGUCGGCCUUGCCUUCUCAACCCUCAACUCGGUAUCGCCUAGACCUCAGAAGACAUUCUUUGACAACAUCAUGUCAGAAUUGGCCCAGCCUGUCUUCACAGCAGCUUUGGACCUUGAUGGAAGUGGAACCUACGAGUUUGGCACUAUUGAUUCAUCCAAGUUCACAGGUGACCUGCAGUUCACUCCUGUCAAUGCAAGCUCUGGUUUCUGGCAAGUUGACAGCAAUCGUUACAGCAUUGGCGGCAAGGACUGCGAUAGAACCAACGCUUCGCCUGCCAUCAUCGACACGGGCACCAGUCUAUUGCUACUUGACCCCGAAGUGGUUCAGGCAUACUAUGCCGAUAUACCAAGCGCCAGCUAUGAUAGCACUGUUGGUGGUUAUACGUACGAUUGUUCCGAAAGCCUACCUGAAUUCGCAGUGGCUGUUGGAGACUACAUGGCCAACAUCCCAGGCUCAGGCAUCACAUUCGCGCCGGUCAGCACAAAGACUUGCUUUGGUGGUGUUCAAAGUAACUCGGGCAGCGACCUCCAAAUCUUCGGCGACGUGCUGCUCAAGCAUCACUUUGUAGUGUUUAACGGUCAGAGUGAGGUUAUCGGAAUGGCUGCCAAGGCCGAGUAG